GAAACUCAUACAGGUUUGGAACUACAUCCAUUUUCAUUUUUGGGGGAAACUAUCCUUUUGAGAUUUAUAGUUGGAUUGCAUAUACAAUUUCCAUCUAUUUGGAUUAGACAGUUUUAACAAACUAAUAAACUUAAUGUGAUGCAUAUUUGUCAAUCAUUCAGGAUUUCUGUAAUAGUACUUAUGAACUGAAUGGGUUUUAAAUACACACUAAGCAGAUUUAUCUCUAUAUCUGUAUACAUAAUUGAAUAUUGUCAUUAGUCAUAUUUUAACCAUGUUCAUAUUGAAUAAAUGUAAUUAUUUUCUCAGUGUACAGAUAUAUGCUGAUUCCAAAACUUUUGGAUGAAUGCAUUUUAAACUGUUUAAAUUUAAUCAAAUAGAUGCAACUAGUUAAUAACAAACUAUUCCAUGAUUUUUUAAACGAAUGGUUCUUACCUGUUUCACUGAUUUAUGAUUGACAAAUAUGUAUCACAUUAGUAUUAGUUUGUGUGUUUAUCAAAAUGGAUGGGAAUUUUAUAUGUAAAUUAAAAUACAUAAAUCUUAAAUAUUAUUUUUUUUUUAAAAAAGGAAAAAAAGUCAAAAAACUACCCAGCGAACGCAUUUUCUAAAAUCUAUUUUUAGACUGGGUAAAGCCUCGUUCUGCAUCCGUUCGUCCUUUUCCUUCUCAUCCCCAACACAGAAUAAUUAGAAAAUUACACAGAACCUCGGAAAUAUGAUUUUACAGCUGAUACGCAAACACGCACGUCCAAAGCCAAACAAACGGCAGAUGUUCGGCCCAGAUGCAGUCUGGGAAGCUUCCCAUCCGUCUCACACAGCAGUGUUUCAAUGAAACGUGCAGAUUCCACCAGCCUUUUCAUUUCUCGAGUGAAAACACUGGCUUUGUGUGCGCUGGCACUCAGACCUGCUUUCCGACUCGUUCCCUCUCUCUCUCUCCAGUGUGCGCGCGCGUGUGUGUGUGUAUGUGUGUGUGAUGGGAGGCUACAUGGGAAGUGGGAAGGUGCAGCUGGAAUGUUGCCUGAAGCUUCAACACAGAGAGAGAAGGAGAGACUCAGAAGGGCACUGUGCUGUCUGGCUCAGAGCGAACACAUGGAAUAAGCUGAGAACACAACACUGGUCAGAACUGAAGCUGCAGGAUUUGUCGAUGAAGAAGCGGAGCUCAACUGCUCACUUCAAUCUGUUGACAUGAGAAGAGAUCGGCUUCUGGUGGCCGUCACUUUGGUCACCCUUUUGGCAGCAGACAUCCAUUUCAUCCUGCUUCCCAGAUUCAGAGCCUGGUGUCACCUGCCCAGAGAAAGCUGCUCAUGCCCCAACAGCAGCCUGGAGACCGUCCCGUGGACCACCAGCCAGAACCUGACCGCGGUCUCCUCCGAGCCAGGCUCUAAGCUGGAGCGGCUCUUCAGACACCCGCUCUACAACAUCCGUCCCCCAGAGCUGGGGCCCGAGGAGCGGCUGCUGCAAGAAGACGAGCUCAUGAACUACUGCAGGAGGAAAGUGAGCCGCUGGGAAAGACUGAAGAAGUUCUACAUCGAGGCGGCAGCAGCUUCAAACAUCACUAUACCCGAUCACGUCGUGACCUUUGACCCCGGGGCCAGCUGGCUGCAGUUCCAUCUAGGGAUCAGUCGCUAUGCGCUGUACUCAGGAGAGGACGGCAGCAUCGACAGACUCCUGCGAGACAUGCAGACGGCCACCGUCAUCAGCGCAGAUUUCACUCAGGAUGAGAAAGCACUGAAGGGUGCAUGCGACUGCUCACAAGUGGUUAAACCCAGCGGUCUUCACCUGAAGUUGGCUCUGAAGCUCCAAGACUUUGGCAAAGCUAUGUUUAAACCAAUGAGACAGGAGCGUCACGAAGAGACUCCGGAGAACUUCUUCUAUUUUGUCGACUUUCAGAGGCACAAUGCUGAGAUAGCAGCAUUCCACCUGGACAGAGUGCUGGACUUCCGGAGAGUUCCACCGGUGACGGGACGCUUCAUCAACGUGACGGGUGAAAUUCUGGACAUAACACACAACGAGGAACUGCGCAGUGUGUUCUUCACCUCUCCAGCCAACAACACAUGUUUCUUCGCCAAGUGUUUGUACGUGUGUAAGUCGGAGUACGCGGUGUGUGGUCACCCGGAUCUGCUGGAGGGCUCCAUGUCUGCUUAUCUGCCGGGUUUGAGCAUCGCCCCUCGAAUCUCCAUCCCAAACCCCUGGAUCCGCGCCUACAGUUUUACCGGGAGAGAGGAGUACGCUGGGACUUUCAUACACACUAAAUCACUCAAGUGGGAGGUCAACCCUUUAUACUGCGAUAACGUCAAAAAACUAUAUCCCUACAACUCUGGGAACAGACUGCUCAACAUUAUUGACAUGGCAAUAUUUGACUUUCUCACAGGAAACAUGGACAGACAUCACUAUGAAAUAUUCACCAAGUUUGGAGAUGAUGGUUUCCUGCUCCACGUAGACAACGCCAGAGGGUUUGGCCGGCAUUCUCAUGAUGAGAUGUCCAUUCUUGCUCCAUUGACCCAGUGUUGCAUGAUCAAGCGCUCUACGCUGUUCAGACUGAAGCUUCUGGCGCAGUCCGAGUACCGUCUGAGUGACGUCAUGAGGGAAUCCCUCUCCAGAGACCCUCUCACGCCAGUCCUGACCGAGGACCACCUGCAGGCCUUGGACCGCCGGCUGGGCCAGGUGCUUAGGACGGUGGGAAAGUGUGUGAAGAAGCUGGGAGAACCACAAGUGGUGAUCACAGACUUUGUAGAGUCAUCCAGAGUAACUACAAGCCACAGGUGACAGAAGGAGAAGAGCCAGGGUUUGAGGAGACAUCAGCGAUCCACUGUGUUACUGACUCUGUACUUUAUCAUAACGUUCACACUAAGCCACUGAAUUAAAUCUGGACCCUAUUGUCCAAAAUCAUGGCAUCUAAAGACAUCAGGAGGAAAAGUAUUUAUAUUUCUGAUAAAUGCUCAGGGGCUGUGUGAUAUUAUUAGUCUUAACUGUCACGACUGACCAAACGUUAAAAUGAUGAGAUGCAAAGUCAUAAGUAUCACAAAGUCUUAUCACACAAGUCAAAAUUAUGAGAUAAAUGUCAAGAGAUAAAAAGACAAAAAUAUGGAUGUUAUAAUUAUAAGACAGUCAAAAUUAUAAGAAAAUUAUUGAGUUAAAGUUAACCAAAAAUAAAUAAAAAUUAUGAGAUACAUAAAUUAUCGUGAAAAAUCUAAAUAUGAGAUCAACGUCAAUUCUAAAAAGUAUAUUUUUUGUGUCUUUAAGACUAUGCAAUUUUACCUGUCAUGAUAACUUAGUAUCUCAUAAUUUCAAUAUACAUGAAGUAGAUAUAAUAUAACUACAUAUGACUUUUUAUGUCAUCGUUUUGAGAUUUUUUUUCUCAUAUUUAUGACUUUCUAUCAUAAUUGAUUGGUUAAAAAGGGCUGUGUGUGUGAUAUUACUAAAAAGCCUUGAACUGAAAAGCCAAAAUUCCCUCGAUCUUUUGACAUAAAAGAGGUCAUUGUGCUAUUAAACAUCCUGUAAGUUUCAGAAUUCACAACUAUCUCGUCUCGUUUUAAAAUGACAGCUUUAGGAAUGUUCUACUCUGUGAUGUAAUAGUGUGGAUAAACCCCGCCCCCACAGAAGAAGAUCAACAUCGCUGCCUGUUUAGCCCCGCCCACUGAUUCUUCAUCACUGGAUAAAACUAUGAGAUAAUAACUUGAGAAAAAUUAUGGGAUAAAAAGUCAAAAUUAAAAUGCAUGACUUCUCAAUUUCGACUGUUAUUAAUAUGUAUCUCAUAAUUUCAUCUUUCUAUCUCAUAAGUAUCACUAUUUAUCUCAUAAUUUUGACCUUUUAUCUCAUGUUUAUAACUGUGUAUUAUAAUUAUGAUUGGCUAAAGUUGGCUGUGUGAUAUUACAAAUGCAUAUAAAUGUAUCAUUCAUUCAUUCAUACAAAAAAAAGUUAAAUUAAGGUACAAAGACAUAAUAACAAAGUCAAAAUGAUCACAAAAGUCAAAAUUAUGAGGUCAGAGAGAUAAAGUUACAAUUAUGACAGGUAUAACUGAGAUUAAGUCAUAACUGAGAUAAAGAGUUGAAACUGACUUUAAACAAAAUCAAACCUAUGAGAGUCCAAAUUAUCCAGAAACUGAAAUAAAAAAUAAAUAAUAAACAAACAGAAUGUGUCAUAAUCAGGACUUGUCAAUUUCUACUGUCAUGAUGACUAUCUCAUAAUUUCAACUUUCUAUCUCAUAAGUAUCACUAUUUAUCUCAUGAUUUUGACCUUUUAUCUCAUGUUUAUAACCUUGUAUUAUAAUUAUGAUUGGCUAAAGUUGGCUGUGUGAUAUUACAAAAAAGUAAAAUUGAGGUACAAAAACAUAACAAAGUCAAAAUGAUCGCAAAAGUCAAAAUUAUGAGAAAUCAGAGAGAUAAAAAGUUACAAUUAUGACAGCUAUAAUUAUGAGAUAAAUCAUAAUUGAGACAGAGAGUUGAAACUGACUUUCAACUAUGAGAGUCCAAAUUAUCAUGAAACUGAAAUAAAAAGUAAAUAAUAAUAAUAAAAAUUAAAUAAAAAACAGAAUGUAUCAUAAUCAGGACGUGUCAAUUUCGACUGUCAUGAUAACUAUCUCAUAAUUUCGACUUUCUAUCUCAUAAGUAUCACUUUUUACCUCAUAAUUAUGAUAAUUAUGACUGGCUAAAAAGAGCUGUGUAAUGUGUUACUUGAAAGCUCCCUAACAACACAUUUAAGUGGUUGUCCUGAUCUGGUUUAGACUGAAAUCCCUGAGCCAGACAUGAUGCAGCAUUCGCAGGAAAGAUAAGAUCCUCAGAUCUCCUUACAUCAGCACACGCACCAUUCAUGUGGAGCUUUAACUGCACUGCGGGAAGCAUUUCCUCUGAUUAUGCGUUCCCUUUCUGUUCAUUUUUCCACAAACAACCAUUAGUGGUGGCUGAGCUGAUGAUGCAGCACACAAACAGGCCACAUCCGCAGAGAAACACUGUGGUAGGUUCUCUACAGCAGCUAAAGGCUGAUUUUCCAGAUGUGUAAGCGUGUGAUCCUCAGCCGUCUCAUCUGUUGUUCCUCACAAGCUGUCGAGUGGGAUCUUUAAAAAUGAAUCAAACCCAAUCAUUUGAAGUGUUUAAGCUUUGCUGCAACUCGUGGUUCGCCACACUAUUGCACUAUUGUCUCGUAAGCUGAAACAUGUCACCAUUAGUGAGACCUUAAAUUUGGGUUUAUAAAAUAUAAAUCAAAUGCAAAUCAAAUGCUCAAAAUGUUAACUUCUGAAUUAGUGGUGGUGGAUAAACAUAAUCUGAAAAACUGUAAAUCAAACCUGGUCAUAAUUAUUCAUGACUGUUUGUCACAUUCUCACAUUGCCUCAUUAAAAUGACAAAACAUUUGCAUUCUUUCUGAUUCAGUCAAGCCUCAUGUGAUGUAUGUAAAAUUUGAAUUUAAGCAUAAAAACAUGAUCUGAUUUUACCACUCAAGCAGUCAUGACUUGACAGAGAACUUGUACAUGAAAUGCAAAAUUAAAAUUCAUCAAUUCAGUCCCAUCUGUAGGGACUUGAUAACUUGAA